UUUCAAUAUUUAUAGCCUUUCAAUUUUUAUCUGUUCACUGAAGAAAAGUUUUGGAAACAAUAUAUUUUUGGUAUAUCAUUGAUCGACUAAAAACUUUACAUUAAUCUUUUAAAGGAGAAGCAUCAUUCAACAUUAUGUUAAGAUGAUAAAAGAAAGCAAUCAUGAUCAAUUGAAACAUAUAAGACAGCCUUUCUUUACUGCUGGGCUUAACCUAUUGCCUUUUACAUGUUUCUUAAAUAUUUGUGCCUAUUAAGAUACUUAUUGUUUUACCAGUCUGUCAUACGGUGCUUAAUUCUGCAUAGGCAGAGCUUUACUUGCUUUGAUGUACAAUUGCCUGAUGACUGCGUUAAUCGUGAAACUCAGAGUUCUAACUUAGAAAUGUCCUGUAAUACAUACCAAAACUAGUUAUUAGCGUAUAAAAUGCAUUUUUAAGCAUUUCACAAGUUCAAUUCGAGUAACUGCAAAAAGCAUAUCACGUAAGUAUUAAUAGAAAGUUGAGACUAUCUACUCAAAGGCUAACUUUAGUUGAUUUCUUCAUACACAAAUAUGCGAGAUAAAUCUACAGAAUGAGGAACCUAGGAGAUCAGCUAGUCAAAAGUUGAUUGCUUUAUACACAAAUACACCCAUACAGAAUACAUCAUAGCUUUUCGAUAUUAGGCUAUGAUUAAAUUUUAUCUGCAAAGGGAUUGCCUUUCGUACAAUUAUGCACAAAAUGAAGACAGUGUUAUAGUAAGAGAAAAGCAUGCUACAAAUAUUUUGCUGUUAGUGCAUCGCUAAAGCUAAUAGAUAAUACAAUACUUUCGAAUAUAAACAGAUUGUUGUUAAGUUUCAUAAUCUCCUAGGUUUCUUCAGAAUAUGAAGUUAAACUAGAAUUGAGAUGAUUUAAUUGACGCCUAAUAAAGGGCCUAGAACUUUAAUGAUAAGGUUGUGCUCUACAGUACGUUCACGUUAUUUUGCACGGUAACAUAAACAGUUAGGAAAAAACAUGCUAUUUAAGCUUAGUGAAAAUAGAGAUUUUGAAACCAACCGAGACAAAAGUAAACUGUUUUCCUGGAUUUUUUCAAAACAUGAGGUUGAAAGUAGAGUUAGGAAUAUUAAAAUGUUACCUAAUUAACUGCCUACUCAAAGAAUACUGAGAAUGACUACCUGUUUACGUAGCUUUUUUCGGUUUGUAAAAUGGUAGUAUACACUGUAAUAGCUGUUUAUGAUUUAACAAAGAAUUUCACUAAAGUUCCAUAAAAACAUUAUUACAUUUUUAGGUUAUUUUGCAUUGAUUUUCAACAAGCUACUUCAGUGAAAGACUAUAAAAUGUUUGCAUCAUCUACAAAAUAUCACUAGAAGCUCCACUUUGAGAGCUGCUUGAAUUGCUACUCGUCGCAAAAAUUUCAAAAAUUAUCUGCAAGGCGUUGGUUUUGUAAUAUUAAGGUAAUAUGUAAUAUCUUGCUUUUCUUUGGAUUUGCCCCUUUCCUCCCCUUUCUCUCAGAAUUGUGACUCUGAUUAUCAGUGCAAAGGUGAGACUACAAUAUGCAUCUGAAUCGAAACUUCUACUGAAAUAUUCAAAGGAUGUAGAAAUUGAAAAAUUCAAUUACAGGCUUUACAAUUUUGCUAUCGCGAAAAGCAAUACUUUCAGAAGGCAUUCAUAGAAUUAAAAAAAAAACGAAUCCUAUCAAUAAAACUCUAAAUAUACAGAUAUGAAAUUUCAAUUAUUUACUAUCCUUUUCCGUUUUUCGCUUUUUUGUUCUAUUUUUUCUUUCUUUAAUUAAAAUAUCCUUAUCUUCUAACAAAUCAAAUAAACCAAAUCUUCUGUGGAUUUCCUUUACAUAUACACUAUAUGAUUUCACUACAAAUUUUCAAGCUACGCUACUUUUCAAAAUUUCUGUAUAACUUUACGAUACUACCUUGACGAUACCACGUGGCUUUUGCCCGUAUACAUUCAAUAAGAAUACCAGAUGCAUGGCGUACAAUGUAAUGUUACAAUUUGAUUUGAACUUGUAUCAAAUAUUAUGAAGAAAGAGCAUUGAUGUAGUUUCGAGCAUAGCCGAGACUUAUUCAUGACAAUUUCAAAUACUGCAUUAAGUGAUGGACUCAGUUUUCUAUGUUGCUAUCAGAGGGUAGUAAUGCCUUCUAGAAAAUGAUUGCCCCCCCCCUGCAAUUUUUUUGCAAAACAAUAGAGCUUUUUUCGAAAUCUUUUUUACGGGUGCAAAAUUGUUCCUUGCCCCCUUCACUUUCCAACCUGUGUCGGAGCCCAUGUGAUUGGAUGCCAGCAGUUCUCUUGCAACUCUUUCUUAGCCGUUUUCCGUUGAGCUUAUAUAAUGAUAUUUUUACUCAUAUAGGCAAAGAGCGAAACAUUAAUCGUAAGGAUCUGAUUGAAUGUGCUGAAAAUUAUACUAUAAAAGCCCAAUUUGACCUUAUGGGGUGGCGUUAAUUACCGAGGCACUAAAGCGAAGCUUGUUAGAAAGAGUAGCUUAUUAGGUGGGCUGAAAAGUGCCUUUAUGUUACUUAAUAAGCAAGCAGUUCCCAGAAAGGUGUCCCUAUCAAUAGCUGGCACUUUAUCACAAUGUACUGACGUACCUUUUCAGCAAAAAGAAUUAUGCAGCAUGCUAUUUUGCAGCUUUUCAUGUUUGAAUAUAUUUUAAAUACAGUUUUCUUUGAUAACCAAACACAGAAACUUUCCGAUUUGAAGGCUUUGCUCUUCUAGAAUGAGCAUCGACUGCUACCUACUGUAAUCCUAUCAGCAGUAAAACUGCUUGUUUCCUUUAGAAAUAACUCCUCACAAUUGCGAAUGUAAUCUGCUAAUAUGCGUUACUUCUUUUCAAAUACUUUGUCCAAGAAUUCUAAGCUUGUCAAUGAAACUUUAACCGAAGUCACCACAAUUCAGAAGAUUAAAGUUUUUUCUAAUAAAGUACAUUCUCACAAAUUCUAAUUUAGUAACCGACAAAAUCAUAGUUGGAAAAUGUUUGUAGUAGGUUGAUAUAUUAAGCUAUCAUCUGAUAAUCUGACUCGGUACACUGAAGUCUUGUACCAUGAAACAGAUGUACGCAUCUCCAGACAUACACAGGGAGACCAGAGCACGUAUUGGGGAAAAGGAGGGUGUGGCUCUAGACAAAUUGCCAAUUUUUCAUAGUAGUUUCUCGACAAUAAUCUUUGAUGUCACAACAUAGAUAUCAUACUUCAACGAAAAACUGAGGGGAUUACAGCUACCCCAAAGCCACCACCCCCCCUCCCGGCUCCAGCGUGCCUGAUACAAUAUGCCAACAAAAUAUAACACUUUGCAUGCAUAUAUGCACACAUAUAUUGAAAUAACACAAGGUCAGCAGAUGAAACCGGUAUAAAACCUGAAAGCUCUUUAAACAUAUCAGUAGGUUUUCAUUAAACCAAGUUGAUUAGUGUAUAAUCAUAUUGAUUUGUCAUUUACAACAUACUAUGUCAGAAUUCACCUGCUCCUUAAUCACAUCUUUGAACUUUCUUUGUCUCUACCAGAAUGUAAGUGCAUGAAACUUAAAUAUUCUUUUGUAAUUAUUGAUUUAAGAAGGAAAACCACCUGUUUUUGAAUUAAUUUAUUGAACCUCAAUUCUGUUUGCCUUGAUUACAAAGAUGUCUUUUGUGAUUUCAAAAUAUCAUAUGUUUAUGCUGCAUCUUUUUCUAAUUGAAACGAUAAAUCAUAAAAGACUGUAAUUUAAAAGCUCACAUAAUAACUGCCAAAGCCUUACGUAAAUUUAGGUGUGCCAAUUUCCCUUCUUAACCUAAACUUCCUCCAAAAAAGAUACAUUGGAAGGAUGAAAUGCUAGUUGGGAUCUGGGCUCUACGCUGAAAAAGAAGAUAGAUGGAUGAAAUCGGCAACAGACUAGAUAGAAAAUUACUUAGGUUAAAAAGGGAAAUUAGCACACCUAAAUUUACGUAAGGCUUUGGCAGUUAUUAUGUGAGCUUUUAAAUUACAUGUUUUUAUGUAUUUAAGUUAUUAUGUGACCUUUAUGUUCGAUCCUGUAAGAGCUAGAUACCAAUAAUUACACACAUACAUUGUAUAGAUGGAAAUAACUCUCAUAGAUGGAAAUGGCAUGUAUUACUACACCUCUAUAUUCAAGAAACAUGAUCACAUCAGCAGUUUGUUAGUGUUUGUAGCCCAAUUAGAGACACGAGUCUGCACAUCAAAGUAUCUGGAAGCUAGAAUAUUGUCUAAAAAUUAUUUCUUCAGCAUAUACUAUGUUGUGUUUGCUGAUAUACAAGAACCAACUGCUUUUCUGUAACAAUCAAUAAACGGAAUGAUUAUACAUCAAAGAUUAAGUGCAGCAAUGCAGCUGAAACUGUCUCAUCAAAUGUAUGCAGGAGCAUUUCAAACCGUGUGAUAAUAGGCAUAAUGGCAGUGGGCCAUUUGGUCGGCAUAAUGGCAGUGGGCCAUAUGGUCGGCAUAAUGGCAGUGUAACAUAGGUCGCUGAUUUCAGGUCUAUGUAUUCAGGACCAUUCUUUACAUAUGGCUCACUGAUGUUUCUGUGACAUUCGCUAUAGGUUGGCAUCUCUCAUAAUCUCUAUCGGUAGGGAACUGAAGUUUAAGAAACAGUCUUUCCCGCUUGUCUACAAUAAUAGUAAUAAUAAUAAUAAUGUAACUCGCUAAAUCUCCGUUUCGGAGCAGUUACGAUAGCACAAAAACCGAAUUGCCAGGAAAGACGUCAUGUGCAGUAUAGUACCACAGGCUAAUUUUCACUUAGGUUUGAAAAAGUUCAACCAAUCUCUCGAUUUCCAUCAGGCCUUUUGCUUUGCUUUUUAGAAUUUGUUCCAUUCUUGGAAGGAGUCUCUUGAAUUUUUCGCAUUGCCAUAAAUGUUCUAAGUUUUCUUCAUGUAAUCCACACCUUCUGCAACCUAUAUUAUCAUACUUUUCUUUGUAAUUAGCUUUUAAAUCGGUCAUGUUUAGUUUCAAUCUUAGUAACGUUGGCCUCUUUUUAUGUUUUAUAUAUUCUUUUAUUCCAAAAUUGCCUUUCUUAAUGAACCUCAUCUUUGUUUUAUCGCUAUUCUUAACUUGCUGCUCUAUCUUCUUUAUGGUUUUGCUUUUUACUAUUUUUUUCCAAUCUUAUGUAGAUAUACAAUUCAAGCCACACUAUUAACAGAUUUUACGAUAUGCUAAAUUAAACUCUUAAUCAUGGCUUUGUGAUCAUCCCAGAAUCAAUUCAAGUUCUGAAGUACUGAUAUUAUGCUGGCAAAUACCAAUUAAUGAGGAUUAUUUUCUUCAAAACAGUUGUCUUCAAGUUUUGCUGUUUAAUGAGCAAUUAUUCAAACAUUUUAAGCUCUGAUGAAUAAUGCUGCACAUAAAAGUAUUUCUUAUCUAUUCUGUUCAAGAGAGUGUAUCUACUCGGGGAUAUAAUUUGCUUUUAGAUAAUAGUAACGAGAGAGGAAUUUCCAGUAAAUUGAUAGCUGUUUCCACUAAUUGAAUGUGCUGUUUUUACCAUAUCCUUAAGAAACUACUCACUAUUGUAUUUUUAAUAAUAUUUCAUAGGAAUAAAGGAAAAACUGAGGGCUAUAGAAAAAUUGCACUGAGAAAAAUAAAAGGAAAAAUCUUAGCAGGUAAAGCUAUCGCUGAUACAUAGAAAAUAGCGUCUUUCUUAUAAAGACUGUUUCAAGUUUGAAAUCUCAUUAAAAUUUAUGCCUUGAACCUCGAGGCUUGUGUUAACUCUGCUGUUGAUGUAGAAUCUAGCAUUGAAGUGCUUUGUGGUGAAAAUCUCGAAUUCUUCUAUGGGAUUUAGACAGAAAAAUAUGAAAUGAAAAUAAGAGAUCAAAAGAAAGAGCUCGUUUUCAAACACGGUCUCGGUUUGUUAAGCUUAUGGGACGAGCUGAUUUUUCUUCUGUGUGUUUUCAUGCCGUGAGUUUGGAAAUGAAGAGAAUUUAUUCUUCGGAUAAGUUCAUACUUGGAUUAAUAUUGUUGUUGUAAUUAUGGUCGAUGAAUGAAAUAGACAUGCGAUUAGUUAAAGCAAUCAGAGGCUAAAUCAAGCGAUGGUUGGUCAUUUUUAUUGAGAGCAUUACUUAUUAAUCAUAUUUCUACUGGCCAGCGUCAUGAAAAAUUUAUCAGCUAGAUUGUAAGCAAUGGAAAAUUCUGUCUUCUUUUGAUCUCUUUUACUCGCCCACGCUAAAGAAACCUCAGUCAGCGGCGUAUGUAUCUUGAAUAUUAAUUUCUAAAACUUCCACAGUCACCUUUAGAGGAUUUAGUUCUUGCUUUGUGAUCAAAGAGCUUCAGAAUGGGUGUUUUUUUCCUUGAAACUGGAUUUUUGGAGGCAAAUUUGUAGGCUGUAGACUGCAGAUUCCAAUCAACAUCGGUAAUGAAGCUAACAACAGUCGCAUCAAUUCUUCUGUCUUUUAUCACAAUUUCUGUGGCAAUGGUGAUUCCUGACUGCCCGGAAUAUUGCAACUGUUCCAGCAGCAUCUCCAGAUGUACCAUAGACAAUGUGACAAUGGUUAAUGAUCGUAAAAUGGCAAACAUUCAAAAUCUCCAUUUUUCGAUUGAAAUCUCAAUUGAUGCAGUAAAAAGGAUCAUUUCCAAGAUGCCAAAGCUACAAUUUGUUUCACUAGUAACCAGCAGCGAGACGGACGAUCUUCUAAGGGUUGUGCUUGCAAAAUCCACUGCUACAAAACUUAAAAUUGCAGAUAACAAUCAGACAAUCUGCAUGUAUAGCAAAUCCGCAAACAGCAGUGAAACCUGUACAUGUGCGCAGGGUGCUAUAUUGCUAUCCUCAUUCUGGAAGAGAGGCCAGUGUAUAUGCAAAAGGUGCUAUGUUGCUGAUAUACCUGAGAUCGUUGCAUUAAAUUCUACUGAUAAUCUCAACUCAACCAACGUAACGUACAGUUUACGGCCUGAAUUGAAUAAAGUCUCAAAAAACAAGAAAAGCACUGAGUACAGCAUUAUACUCGGAACAUUUAGCGUUGUAGCUUUGGUUGUUAACUUUGUAAUAUUGGCGCGAAUGUGCUCCUGCAAACAUCAAUCAGUUUCGAAAAUAUUCGGCAUGAGCCUGAUGCUUUUCAACGUGCUUUUGGCAGAAUACGGAAUCGCCCUUGCUAUAUAUAUGACACAGGAAAAAGGAGUUUGGGGAAGGUCAUUUUGUCAGGCGAUGACUGCAUUGAAGUUGUUUUCGAUGUGUGCCAUUAUUUUUUCUUUGCUAUGCCUGACGUUCCAGUCAUCAAUAAACCCGCCCGAUGAUAAUUACAAUUCACAAGACGUCAGAUUCAAAGCUGUUGUCUAUGUUCUUGAAGGAUCUGUUCUUGCAGCAAUGAUUUGUAUCUUAUCUUGGACUAAGUUUGACGAUUGGGACUACUCAUGCCAGAUUUUUGUUACAAGGAAGACAGCCGAUGAGAUUCUUGUCGUCACUGAGUAUUGCUACCAUGCCAGUCUGUUUCUACUUGCGAUUCGUUACCCUUAUAAAACCUUUCGCCAAAAGGAGCCAUCGCCAAGCUACAUCAAAAUGAAAGAAGUCGUCGAAAGAGAGCACCCUAUCUUCGUCAUGACGCUGUUUACUUUUUUAAGUUGGUCCAUACCAUUCAUUGUAACGAUACCACAGUUGAAUGUUACUAGUGAAUUUUUGACAUCGCUUGUCCGAAAUUGCUCAUUGAUGUUUGGGGCCAUUGUAUUACCUAUUUUGAUUGUGAUACGAAACAGUCGAGUUUGCUGUUCAAAACACAAAGCUUGUGGUGUGAAUGAUCCUCAUGUGUGCCAAUGCAAAGGUGAAAGUACCAAUAUGUGCUAUGCCUGUGAGAUGCAGCACCAAGACAUGAUCUCAAAGUGCGAUAUGUAUAGCUUCGGUGAUCGUCGUAAAUCGCUGUCACUUGAUGAUCUUAAGUAUGUUCUUGGUGUUUACAAAAAGGAGACCCAUUGCAGCUUGAAGGUUCAGAGAAAGAAAUUAAUUUCUCGCAGUUAUCCCAUCAUCAACAUGGAUACUAUAGAGGAAGCUGAGUUGGAAAAUAUAUCGGAUAUUGACCGACUUUUCUCCGCGUGCAAAGGAAAAAGCUUUGAUUAUUCUUUGGAGUCUUCUAAUAGAGGUAAAAGAGCCUUGUCACGAGAUAACAGUUUAAGUCUGCCAGUGUUGACGUCACCAAAGAAAAACAUGCCUGCACGGAAGAAAAUUCCUCUUCAUGCAAAACUCUCUCAUUCACCGUGCAAAUCGGCCUUACCAUCACCAGUAAAGCGCUCAUUGCAGAAGAAGCGUGCUGCCAGUUUGGAUACAUCAAAAGUUGUCAGAAUCACUCAUAGCCCAUGCUCUGAUGCCAGUACUGUUUCGUCGCCGAGCAGAAGUGGAGACGAGUCGAAGCAUCCUGACAAUGAAAAGAGGAAGCAAAAGGUGAAACGAAAGCUGCUAGCGAAAUCAAAGGAAUCUGUGAAAUCAAAAGAUUCAAUUAAAUCGAAAGAUUCAGCUAAAUCUAGAGAGAAUGGUAACGAAAAAUUAUCAAAAGAAAAAGGAGGAACUGAUUCCUCUGAUGUUACAACUCCUAGUCGUGAAUCUAGGAUACCUUCAUUCAUUCCUUUAUCAGAUGCUGACCCCACUACGAAAAAAUCAGUUCCUAGAGUAUCUAGCCAAAGCAACACAGCUAAAACUAAAGAGUCAAAAAGUUCUUGGCAGGCAGAGAAGAGUUCAGAGGAAGAGGAUAAAGCAUUAUUAGGCGAGGAUCCUGAUCGGGUGCCGAGCCGAGGACCUACUUUUUUCUUUGUUGGCACUGACGAUAAUGAAAAUAUAGAUGAUGAUAAAGAAGAUGUUCUUAAGCCUUUAGUCGCAAAGGAGGAAAAGGAACCAGAGAAAUUAGAGAAAAAGCCCAAACGCAAGGGCAAGAGGAAAAAGUCGGAGCAGAGAAGCCUGGAAGGGACACCAGCGCGUGAAAGUGCCCCACUUGGCUCACUUCACAGCUUAGAAUGGGAUCCGUCUUUUUCUCUUUCGGAUUCAUCAUGUUCCUCUCCUAUCGAUGAAUAUGUUCCACCGUCACCAGCCCCACCACCCUCAUCUUUUGCACUUCAGCGUCUAAAGGAAAUGGGAGCAAAAGCCCCGGACUCGCCACAGGCCAGUAUUGGCCGCAGCUCGAAUUACAGCAUGGACUGGGACCCAACUGGCGUGCAAAUGAGACACAGCCUGGUUUCACCUUGCGAAUGGGAACCAUAUUCGGUCGACGAAGCAAUAUCAAAUCCAACGAGUCCAGAUAUAGCAGAUUUACAAAAACACAUAGAAGCGACUGUUCACACUGGAAGAGAGUUCAUGUCUAUUAGUCCAGAUAAAAAACAAAUUGGAAAGGCACCACUAGCUUCCGAAGAGAUCUGAUGGUAAAAUUUGAUACAACAGGCGUGAGACGUAUCUCAUGUUAUUGACUACCCGUAAACUGGCACAAAGAAGCAACACUGCAUUGAAUCUUGAGGUGAUUGUGAUAUAGAGAGCGAGAGAACUGUUGUUUCUAGGUUUGCAAUUGUGCUACAUAUCUCUAAAGACACAAACACAUCUAUGUAUAUGAACUUUGAAAGAUGUGUUAAUAGAUCAUUUACGCGUUUCUUUCUCUAUAAGAAACUUGUUUAUAGGAAGCUUGUAUUAAGAUGGCCAAAAAUUCAAGAAACUUUAGUACUAGGCUAAAUAGUUAAGAAACUGUGAAGUUUCCAUUUUUAAAAAAUGACUCCAAAAAUUUGUUGGUUUUGUUCAUUUUUCUUGGAAAAGAUAGCAUCUUUUGGAAUAUGAUCUGCAUGGGACUUUUCGUGACGAUAUGUAUUUAUAUUCUUCCAAAAAUGCUCAACUUGAAAACAAUUGAACAAUUGUAAGUCCCGAAAAUAAGAAACAUACUAGGAAGCUUUUAGUACUCAAACACCAAAGUUUGGAUGCUAAGUUAAGAAACUUUUGGUAGUUAGUGCUGAUCCAGUUAGUUGCAAAGGUAAUGUGUACCAAAAGACAAACGCGGAGAGUUUUGUUAAGAAGAAACGAGCAGGUUAAGACAGGAAACGAGUGUAGAAAACUAAGGGUAUCGUUUAUUAUAAAUUUUUAAUUACCUCUUAUGGAAUUUCCAGGUAUAUGUUUUUGUAUGCAGUUAGAGAAAAGCUUUAGCUUCUAAAUUGUUUCUAAAACACCAAUGAGUAUUUCUUCAAAUAGUUUGUGUUUGAGUUUGCUAGUUUACAUAACGAUAACCCUGACGAGUAGCAAAAGUCAUACGAGAAAAAUACGCUUGUUUGCCAGGUAGGCCAGAUCGACACCCGUUGUGAAGAAAGCUGAGCGAUAUUUAAUCAAGACAUUACUACAUGUUAUCCAUUAACACGUAAAUCAUAUAGUGCUGUGUAAAGUAGAAGUUAUAUCUUUAUUUAUAUUAGAAUAUUUUCCGUUAACAAUGCUACUGUACUUUGUCGUCAUUCCUUAAAACAAUAGCUCAAUGGAUUGUAAGGAUAGAAUAAAGGUUAAAUUCUAUUUCACCUCUAAAGCAAGAAGAACUUUCUCCGCUUCUUCAAUAUUUACGUUGAAAUAUCAACCUUGAAAUAAACUAUUGAAAAGAGAAGUUUGCUCCCUACUUAAUCUUGAAACAUGAUUGCCAAGUGAUAUACAACCAACAGUUGGCAAUACUUUAUAACAAGGGUUCUUUGCUUUGUACGUUGCAAGUUUCAUGGAAUUUUGGUCUUUUGGGAAAAGGGGGUUUUGAAAUAAAAUCUUUGCACAAAAAUCAGAUAUUUUUCUAAGUCUAUAGUCAUCAAAAUAGGACCGUGAUGGCUAGGUAAGAAAAGCUAGUCUAAUUUUGAGCUUUUAGCAGGCCUUUUUAUGACACUUCUUUAAUGAAACACAAAAGCAAACUCGGAAACAAAAAUAUAAAGGCCAUUAACCAAGAAGUAAAACAAAUCCUGCUUUUUUGACGCUUCCAAUGAUCUUAAAAAACAAGAAAAAACUUCGUUGAUUUAUUCAGUCUUAUUAUAAUCAAUGUUUUUAUGAGGAAAAAUGAUCUUCUGGAACAAACGUAAUUUUGGUCGAAAAACGACAAUUUUUCAAAGCCUAUAGCAUUGCUUUUUCACGAUGAAAGUGAUGUCAAAAAACUCUACUUUUUUAAAGACAAGAAACCUUGAAUUUGCUGGAAAUAAUAAUAACACAGUUUAAUUUGCCUUUUUAUGGCAAAAAAUUUGAUAUUUGAAAAAAAAUAUUUCUUGGUCCAUACCGAUAAUUUUGCAAAGCCUAAAGCCUUGCUUUUAUCACGACGAAAGUGUUGAUGAAAAACUCCACGUUUUUCUAGCCAAACAAGAUUGAAUUGGUAUUUAAAGAUAUAUUACACAAUUUGAAUGGCCUUUUUAUCAGGAAAAAUUGAAGCUUUGAAUAUAAACUUUUUUAAUUUUGCAAAGGCUAUAGCCUUGCUUUUAUCAAAACGAAAAUGUUGAUGAAAAAAUCCGCUAUUUCCUAGCGAAACAAUCUUGAUUUGGCUGGAAAUAUAUAUAAAACAAUUUGAAUACUCUUCUAAUUAGGAAAAAUUGGAGCUUUGAAUAGAUAUUUUCUUGGUUAAAAACAGAUAAUUUUGCAAAGGCUAUAGCCUUGCUUUUAUGACGACGAAAGUGUUGAUGAAAAACAUAGCUAUUUCUUAGGCAAAAAAUCUUGAUUUGGCUGGAAAUAUAUAUAAAACAAUUUGAAUGGUCUCCUUAUCAGGAAAAACUUGAGCUAUGAAUAUAAAUUUUCUCAAUUUUGCAAAGGCUAUAGCCUUGCCUUUAUCACGACGAAAGUGUUGAUAAAAAACUCCGCCAUUUCCUAGGCAAACAAUUUUGAUUUGGCUUGAAAUAUAUAUAAAACAAUUUGAAUGGCCUUCUUGUCAGGAAAAAAUCGAAGCUUUGAAUAGAUAUUUUCUUGGUCGAAAACAGAUAAUUUUGCAAAGGCUAUAGCCUUGCCUUUAUCACGACGAAAGUGUUGAUGA